AGGUUGAGGCGCGGGCGAGGGCUCAUUCGUUUCCUCUGUGUAAAAUCGGUAGAGAACCCUGUCACCAUCGCUGCACUAGAAAGCGUCGAGCGCCAUGUUUGUGAGGAAUAACCACAGCGUGUGAAAAUUUUCCUUUUUUUUUGCUCUCGCCAACCAAAAUCACCAAGAACAAAACCGGCGGAAAAAGAGGGGUAUCAAACUCUUUAGAACCAAUACGCAAACAGUUUAACCAAAUAAGAAUUCGCGUAAGAUUGAACGCUCUUGUGUUUUUUUCUUAAAAAAAAGAGAAAAAUCUGUUCUCAUCAAAUUUACCGUGAGAUUUUUAUUUAUUUAUUUUUAUCAACAGUCACACCAGCAACGUCUCAGUGAGACAUUCUCUAUCAGUCUUGUACUGUUGUGUGGGGAAAAAUGGCUUUUGAAAGCCUUUUCUCCAACCCCCCAACCCCAGUUGACAAAAAUGAUGUUCUAAACAUGACAGAGUCUGAGCUUGCAGGGAACGAAAGGGAGGAUGGUGAACUUGAAGAUGGUGAAAUAGAUGAUGAUGGAUUUGAAGGAAACCCUGAAGUGAAGAAAGAAUCAAAAGAAAGUGAAAAAGAGGAUAAGUCAUCCCACAGACGAUCAAAGAAGAAGAGAAAGCGAGAAAAAGAAAGGGAAAGGGAAAAGAAAAAAACAAAGCGGAGAAAGAAAGAGAAGCACAAGCGACAUUCUCCUUCCAGUGGUGACUCAGACUUCAGUUAUGACUCUGAUAUUGAUGCUGAAAGAUCAUACAAGAAAGGUCCUGUAUCCUAUCGAGAAUAUGAUCCUCCUUUCUCUCCACACGCACAAGGUCCUGGAAAUUACAUGAAGUCCCCUUCACAGAAAUGUUACAACAACAACAAGGCUGAUAAUCGAGAUUAUGCUGAAUAUAGUGACUACAGUGAGGAGAAAUAUGAUGCUUAUGAAGAAGAAGAAUGUGAUGACUUUGCUCAUGAGUUAAAGCAGUACAAACAGGCAAAAGAAGCUUCAACAGUUAUGGCUCCUAAAGGGCCACCUAUGGGUCAGAUGCGAAAGCCUGGAAUGAAAGGUAUUAUGCAGAAAGGUAGAGGUAGAGGAAUUGGUCGGGGCCGUGGUAUGAGAGGACAACCAAAACAGAAGCGCAAGGUAUGGGGACCUGGAAGAGGAGCUGAUGGUGGUAUGAUGGAUGCUUCUGAUGAGCAGGAUGGUUAUGGAAAUACAAAUUUUCUUCGGAAGAAAAAGAAAUGUCAAGAUUUUUCAUUCCACGGUGAAAAGAUUAGAAAAGGAGGCAUUUGCAAGUAUUUUCUGGAGGGACGCUGCACUAGGGGGGACCAAUGCAGAUAUAGUCAUGAUGUUGUCAUACAGAAGAAGAAGGACAUCUGCAAAUUCUACCUAAAUGGGUUUUGUACCAAAGGAGAUAACUGCAUUUUUAUGCAUGGUGAAUAUCCAUGCAAGUUCUACCACACAGGAGCAAAGUGCUAUCAAGGAGAUAACUGCAAAUUCUCUCAUGCUCCACUUACUGAAGAAACAAGGGAGCUAUUAGACAAGGUGCUGAACAAUGAAAAUAUAAAUUACGACAAUAACAAUGAUCAUAACAGUACCAAUGAUUUUGAUAAUUGCGAAUAUGAUUAUGAGUACGUGUAUCAUGAAGAUGAUGAUAAACUUGAAGUUGAAGAACUUAGGAAACAAGGUAUUGCUCCUCUUCCAAAGCCGCCUCCAGGGGUUGGAUUAUUACCGACUCCUCCACAACCACCAAACUAUCCUGGUCCAAUGCCAGUGGGUCCUCCUAACAACCAACCGCAACCAACUUCACCUGGGCGGAAGAUUCCCUCUAUAUUUGAUAUUGUUGUACAGCCAACCAGUGUUUUUGUUCACAAGAUGGGACGAAGGCCACAGUUUUGUAACUCCCCGUCACCUCCACACCCACCAUUUGAAGAAAACCAAUUACCGCCUCCGCCUCAGAUGUUUGGAGCAGGUCCAGGUCCAGAACAAAACAUGAUGCCUCCAGGACCCAGUGGGCCUUCAGAGCCUCCUGGUGGUUUUGGUCCUCCUUGUCCUCCACAUAGUAUGCCAGUUCCACAUGGUCUGCCUGGGCCAGGCAUGCCUCCAGGCUUACCUGGACAACAAGUAUUACAAGGCCAGCCUGGAACGUCAGUUCCUCCAGGGCAUCCUGGUUUACCACCACCUCCAGGAUUUCCAGGUCCACCAAUGAAUGCAGGCCCAAAUGAAUCUCCAGGUCAGAUGGGAUUUCAGGGAGGUAUGGUGAACAUGCCUAUGGAUCAUCAGAUGCUGCCCUCUCAAAAUCAGGCACACCAACAAUUCACAGUCGAUGCAUCUCAACAAAUGCAACAAGAUGGUUCAUAUCAGCAAGACAUCACGUUCCAGCAAAUCCAAAAUCCAAUGGACUUCUAUAACUCUUACUAUUCACAGAAAGCAGUGCAGAAUUUGGAGCAAGAAAACCAUAUGGGAGACGGAGUAUCAAGUUUGACAUCUGAACAGAGAGAUCAUCAGUCUUACUUGGGCACAGAUGAUUCUAGAGAUAGUGACACUGAAUCGGAUGCCAGCAGUUCAGCAGGUCGUAAGCCGACUGUUAGUGUUCCAGACUUUCUCCCAGCCAAACAAAAAGCUCUAUUUCUAAGAAUUAAGCAGAAGCAACAGGAAGACGGAGGAUCAGACAACAACCAGUCACAGCUGCUACAGAACCGAGAUGAAGAUGAGACUGUGAAUUGGUAUUCAAGUGAUGAAGAGGAAGAUGGUAGCAGUGUAAAGUCAAUACUGAAAACUCUUAAAAAACAAAGUGAAACGAUGAAAAACCUGCAGUCUUCUGUAACUGAGCAGACAUCGUACACAUAUAUGGACCCAAGACUUGUGAAAGAAAAGCUCGCUGAAAAUAAACCUUCAGAUCUUCGAUUAAGAGCCGACUUGAGACAAGGUUCAACUGGAGAAGUCAAAAAGCCUUCAGAGGUGGUUUCUGCUGAUCCUAGAUUAGCAAGAGAUCCCAGGAAGAUGAAGGUACAUGAGAAUGUCAAUGCAGGCCUUUCUAUUAAUGAAAGUCCUAAACAUGAUUCUCAACCCAUCUCAAACACUAAGCAGCAAGGACUGGAUGAUGAUGAAGAGACAGAACGAGAACUGAGGGAAAAACCAGCCAUUAUACCUUUAGAUACAUUACCUAGUGUAACCUUGAGGGAUCCACGCUGUCAGCUGAAGCAAUUCAGCCACAUUAAGAUGGACAUCACCCUUUCAAAACCUCACUUUGCAAAACUUGUUGUUUGGACUCCUGAGGAUCUCCUUCCACUGCCAUUGCCAAAGCCAGACCCAGUGUCUUCAAUAAAUUUGCCUCUCCCUCCAUUAAUAGCUAAUCAACGUCUGAAUAGAACUCAGAGUAUUGUAAGUGACCCUCGUCAGAUUGAUCCACGGUUAUCUUUGCGGUCUAAGGAGAAUAGUGCAGUGAAAACAGACAAGAAUGCCGAUUCAAGAGUUUCUUCUGAAAGACCAUUGGACCCACGAUUGCAAAAGUCAUCAAAUCCUAGAUUGCAGAAAAGCAGUAGCACAGAUACUACUUUAAGAGAGUCCCAUGUUGCACGGGCAGAUCCUCGCUUAUCAAAAAUAAACAGUGGUUCUACACAAGUGUCAGGUGUCACUGUAAAGAUGGAUCAGACACUCCCUCCAUAUGCUCCCAAAUUAUCUUCAAGUGGUAUGGGACUUGGAUCCCCUAGCACAUUGCUGAGUGGCAUCAGUCUGUAUGAUCCACGAACCCAGACUUCUCAAAGCUUAGUGACGUCGGUUUUAACUACGCAAGCAGAUUCCUCUAAGGAAGGUGAGCAAAUAAAGAAACCUCUUGUACCAAAAAAUCCCGCAAAGUCAGAAAAUGUUCUCUGUGACUCAUCGAUGACAUAUAAAGCUUCAUUGGUGCAAGAAGGUAAUAUUGCAGACGGUGCAAGUGAUCCUGCUGCAGAAAAGUCAGACAAUUACAAACCACAAUUAAAGCCUGAAGCAUCCCAGGCAUCAGCUACUUCUGCACCUGCAGUACAUAAUCUACCAAUCCAGGCUUUAGCUGGCUUAAUCAGACCACAGUAUAGUGACCCGAGACAAAGUAAACAUUCUGGACCUCCCAGCCAAGUGGAUGAAGAGGAUUUGAACAGUAAAAAGGAUAAAAAACCACUGAAAGAAAUGUUCAAAACAUUUGACCCAACAGCAUCUCCAUUCUGUUAGCACCCACUCCUUGAGAGGCUGUUAUUCAGUCUAUAUAAUGUAGCUUGUCCCAAUUCUUUAACUUAUUUGGCUUGUUGGUGGUGUUUUAUUUAUUUUUUUACUACGUACACAGUCUGUUUAACUGUUCAAAGAAAUGCAUGCAGUGGCACAUGCAGACUGUAUGACUGGUUUUCUUUUGGUCUGAGUAUGUAAGAACUACAUUUUGAAUGAAUAAUUUUUUAUGGUAAUAGAAAUAUAUAUAUAUAUGUAUAGAGAGAAUAUACCUGUGACCACAUUUAAAUUUCUUCCCGGUGAAGUAAUUGUUUUUUCGUGUACUGAAACUGCUUAAAACCCUAUUGUACAGUACUCUCAUUCUAAGUUAUUUCUUGCUUGGGUAUUGUGAUUAUGAAUUAUUGAACUAGUACACUGAAAACUGUAUAUUGUUUUUAGUACUUUCAAGUAACUACUUUUUGUUGUGAGAGCUAAUAUUAAGAAAAAUGACUGCCACUUUUAUACUGUACAGUUUCAAUAAUAUCACUCCAUUGGCAUACUUAAAGUCAAAAUCCUAACCAAUUUUGAGUUUUGUUAUUCGAUGCUGUCAUAUGUGCUCUGCAGUUUUGUUUUAAAUUAGUUGCUUUGAUAUUUUGUCGCAAUCAAGUGUGGAACCAUUUGCAGUUAGACACUGUCCAUAGAUAUUGCACUGUACAAUUUGUUAAUGUAUUCAAAAAUUAUGUUUUUUGUUUACCACAUGUAACCGCUGAUUAUUUGUUUUUGAAUUGGAAAAAUCAACCAGAAUCAUGGCAUGAUUUAUUCAAGAUCAAUGUACACAUUGUAUAAAGCAUUUAUUGUGAAGACUUUUUUUGGUUUGUCUAUAGUAAGUCUGAAAUUGUGAACCACUGCUUAUCCAUUUAAUACAAGAACUAGUGGUGGAUUAUUAUGAAUUAAUAAAAGUUGCUGAACUUGUUCUUUAUGUAUGACACCAUAUUUUCAUAUUGAGCUACUGAGAGUUAGCUUUAUAAUGAAAACCUAAUGUAAAAGCUUUUUGUACAAAUGUAUUAAACUCUUUUAAUGUA